ACCUCACACGCAGCGCCUGCCUGAGUCUGUUCUGCCCCCUCCUCACCCGGUUCACCACCACCAUGACACCAGGCAUCCAGUCCUCUUUCUUCCUGCUGCUGCUGCUCGUAGUGUUCACAGCUAUGACAAUUGUUCAAUCCUCAACAGUUUCUACAGAUUUUGGCCACACAAGCUCCAGCCCAAGCAGAGAAACAGAGACUUUGUCUACCCAAAGCCAUCCACCAUCCAGCUCUACUGAGAGAACUGCGGUGAGCACAACCAGCAGUUUCCACUCCAACCACAGUCCUGGUUCAGGCUCCACCACUCCAGUCGUCAGUGUCACCACAGCCCUAACUACCAGCCCAGCCUCAGGCUCCACCACCACUCCAGCCCCCAAUGUCACCUCGGUCCCAGCCACCAGACCAGCCUCAGUCUCCACCACCGCUCCAGUCUCUGAUGUCACUACAGCCUCAACCACCAGACCAGCCUCAGGCUCCACAACAGCUCCAGCCUCUGAUGUCACUACAGCCUCAACCACCAGACCAGCCUCAGGCUCCACCACCGCUCCAGUCUCUGAUGUCACUACAUCCUCAACCACCAGACCAGCCUCGGGCUCCACCACCGCUCCAGUCUCUGAUGUCACUACAUCCUCAACCACCAGACCAGCCUCAGGCUCAGCUUCCACUCUGGUGCACAACGGCACCUCUGCCAAGGCUACCACAGCCCCAGUCGGCAAGGGUACUCCAUCUUCAAUUCCCAGCCACCACUCUGAUACUCCCACCACCCUUGCCAGCCACAGCACCAGAACUAUUGCCAUUAGCACUCGCCAUAGCACAGUACCUUCUCCCGCCUCCUCCAAUCACAGCACUUCCUCCCCGUUGUCUACUAGGGUCUCUUUCUUCUUCCUGUCUUUUCACAUUUUGAACCUCCAGUUUAAUUCUUCCCUGGAAGAUCCCAGCACCAACUACUUCCAAGAGCUGCAGAGAAACAUUUCGGAAUUGUUCUUGCAGAUUUACAAAGAACAGGAUUUUCUGGGCAUCUCUUAUAUCCAGUUCAGGCCGGGGUCGGUGGUGGUAGAAUCAACUCUGGCCUUCCGAGAGGCUUCCAUCAGUGUCCAGGAUGUGAAAACGCAGCUUCUUCAGAAUGUAAAGGAGGCAGACAAAUAUAACCUGAAUAUCUCAAGAGUCAGUGUGCAAAGUGUGCCGAUUCCUUCCUCUGCCCAGUCUGGGUCUGGGGUACCAGGCUGGGGCAUCGCCCUGCUGGUGCUGGUCUGUAUCCUGGUCGCGCUGGCCAUCAUCUAUCUCGUUGCCCUGGCUGUGUGUCAGUGCCGUCGAAAGAACUAUGGGCAACUGGACAUCUUUCCAACCCGGGAUGCCUACCAUCCUAUGAGCGAGUACCCCACCUACCAUACCCACGGGCGCUAUGUGCCCCCUGGCAGUACCAGUCGUAGCCCCUAUGAGGAGGUUUCUUCAGGCAACGGUGGCAGCAGCCUCUCUUACACAAACCCAGCAGUGGCAGCCACUUCUGCCAACUUGUAG